CGUCAGCCAGGGGCCACCAGAUAACCCUCAACUUCCUCCCUGCCAUCUCGCAUUGUGUAUCAUGGAAGAGCAGUUGCGUCAGAUCUGGGCCGAUGUCCUCUUCCUCGAGCCCGACGAGAUCGAGACGGACGAUAAUCUGUUUGAAUUAGGGGGAGACUCGAUUAAAGCAAUUCGAAUCAUAGGUCGGGCCGCCGAUCAUGGGCUGUACUUUGACAUUGCAACGCUAUAUGCUAAUCCGACCAUUGGCAGCCUGGCUGCUGUCGUUGAUGGGCCUGAGGCGAGCAGCAGCCGUCAGAAGAUUGGCAUCUGCAAGGGCAUAUCAGCCAGCGAUGAUCUCUUGCAGCGUGUCCGGCUCAGGAUCGAGGAUCUGGGCAUCCCACAAUCCCAGGCCGUACGCGCCGCAAAGCUACGAGAGGAUCAAGUCGAAUUCGUCGAGAUGACGGCCAAAGGUGCCAUCGGAGCGUCAUCUGCCUUCAUCUACGAGGUACACGGGAUAGAUGUCGUUGGCAAGUUGCAGCAGGCCAUUGAAGCGUUGACGGCGAAGAAUCCGGUCCUGCGCACAACCUUUGUCGACCUCGACGGCACGUACUACCAGGUGCUCCUGGCCGAGGCCCGCCCCAAGCUGCUUGUGCAAUCCGGCCGGGUGCAGCAGUUCACGCAGGAAGCCAGCAUGAGAGUGCUCGCCGCAGGAGACGCAACGGCGCACUACGCACUGGUCGACGACGGCGGGACCAGCUUCCUCGUCUUCUCCAUCUUCCACGGCUUCUUCGACGGCUUCUCGCGGGCCCUCGUCGAGCAGGAUCUGGUGGCCGCCCUCGAGAGCCCGGACAGCUUCGCGCAGCAGGCCGAGCGGCCGUGGUACGGCGACUUUGCGAGGCGCCUGGACGCCGAGCUGGACGAUGCCAGCGCCAGGGCCUUCUGGCGGCAGUAUCUCGAGGGCGCCCACGUCGCGACCAUCCAUCGCGGCCCGCCGGGAGCCCCCAGACGGUUCGACCAGUCGCUGUACGAGACCGUGGCCGCGGAUGUGCUCAAGGGCGGCCAGAUCCACCUGGCCUCCGCCAUCACGGCGGCCUGGGCGCUGGCGCUGAUGCGCCGCUCGGGAGCCACCGACAUUGCCUUCACGAUCCUGACGCUGGGCCGGCUGUACCCGUACGAGGGCAUCGACCGCCUGCCCGGCCUGCUGGUCAAGGACCGCCCGUUCCGGCUCCGGGUCCAGGACCGCGCGGCGACGGUCGAGUCGGUGCUGCGCGCGGUGCAGCAGGACCUCGUGUCUGCGGGCGAGUUCGAGCACAGCACGCCGUUCCGCGACCGCGAUCGCCGGCCGCUGCUGCAGUCGUACGUCAACAUCAAGCUCGGCGCGUCGGCCAUGGAGCCCACCCGCGUCGACGGGCUCACGCUCGCCCCCCGGCGCGACCUCGAGCGCUGGGAGAGCGAGUCGCAGUACGCCAUCUAUCUGGAGAUGAAGCCGCUGGCCGGGGCCAACCGCUUCGAGAUGCGUUACCAUUCGGCGCUCAUUGGCGACGCCCAGGCGGCGGCGCUGCUCCGCGACUUUGUCGAGCUGCUGAGGCGUCUCGGGUCCUGCGGCGGCUCCAUCGCAGUGGCGACGCUGCUCGAGUCUGUUGGAAGCCAGCAACCGAUGGAUCUGCGCCAAUAGGAAGAGCUGCCGACGCGGGCUGGGCCGAGAGAGCCAUGCCUGGAACAUCUGCCGUCUCUGUGGGGCGAUGUAAUGUCGCAGUUCAGGCUAUUACAUAGUAUUACCCAUGUAGUAAUAUAAGCUGUGUGCCCAUACGUAAUAAUACCAGCCGCACGAGAUCGUUUAGUAAUACGGCGUACAGUCAGUGCUCCAAUUAGGAAAUAAUACUGCAUACAUACUG